AGAUUUAUUAAAGAAAUGUCCAAUCAGAUCUCUUUUAUUAUUAUUUUACGUAUAUAUUUCAUUUUUCAUAUAAGACACUGCACUUUAGCAGAGCACGCAAUCCAACCCUUCCACGAAGCUACGGCGGAGACUCAGAACGUCACCGCCAAGAUCGCCAUCGCCUUCGUCUCUCUUAUUCUCUCCCUCCCACCUUUCCGGAUGGCCAAAGCUAACAAGUUACGACGUAAGUCUGAAUCAAAAUGUUCCAGGGCUAGUCGACAUUUAUUGCCAUCUGAUACUUGGACAGCUUGCAAGCUAAAGAAGAAAUGCCAUGAAGUGUCAGGGAAGAAAGAGUGGCUUGAUGCAUCGUGUUCAGUAUGUAUGGAGUUUCCUCACAAUGCUGUACUUCUUCUUUGUUCAUCAUAUAACAAGGGCUGUCGUCCGUACAUGUGUGCCACUAGUAAUCGCUUUUCCAACUGUCUUGAACAAUACAAGAAAGCCUACACAAAGGUAGCCGCCUCUACUACUCAACUUUCAGAACAGACGGGUGAGUCGGUCGGUAAUAUAGGUUCGAGUUCAGAUGCAAGACAGCCCAAUGAAAAUGUAGAAGCACCAGAGCUUUUAUGCCCACUUUGUCGAGGCCAGGUGAAAGGUUGGACAGUUGUGGAACCAGCAAGGAAGUAUCUAAAUGCCAAGAAGAGAAGCUGCAUGCAGGACAAGUGCCCAUUUGUUGGAAGUUAUAAAGAGCUCAGAAAGCAUGUUAAGGCGAAGCAUCCUCUGGCAAGACCUCGAGCAGUGGAUCCUAUCCUUGAAGAGAAAUGGAAGAGGCUUGAAUGUGAAAGAGAGCGGAGUGAUGUCAUCAGCACAAUUAUAUCAUCAACACCAGGGGCAGUGGUGCUUGGUGAUUAUGUUCUUGAGCCAAACCAGACUAACUUUUACAGUGAUUAUGAUUCUGAACUGGAUGAUUACUUGGAGGAUUUUAAUUUAGGUUCAUUCAAUUUAGGGCUGAAUGGUGGUAAUUUCUCACGUGGUAGAUUCCACAGGGAGUUUGCCUCUAUUGGUGAAGACAACUUUGGGGGGCCUCGUUCUGCAUUCUCCAGUUAUGGGGCUGCUUCUGGACGUGGUUUCCAGAGAGCAAGGAUACUGGUUUCAAGGAGGCGCCGAAGACGCAGCGGAGGAAACAACAAUCAUUAAGUUGUGAAUUUGUGAAAUCAAUUUUAAUAGAAGGUAGGAUUUCUGCUUCAGCUUUUCUAAAAGGGUUUAUGGACUAAUUUACUUUUUAUUUUUUUGAAAAAAAAGGGUUUAUGGACUAAUUUUGGAUUGUAGGAGUUGCAAUUUAGAAGGGAUGUUGUCUUUUCAUUUAGGUAUUUAGUUUUGAUUUAUGAACCAUUCAGAGGUGAUUGUCCAUAUACUGUGGUGUAUGGAGUGGUUCUCUCUUGAUCGUACAUACUCAAUUCUCAGUUUGCCAGCUUAAGGAGUCAUCCUUUUCUAAACCCCAUUUCAGACAUUGUUCUUUUUACUGCACUGAUUAUUCAUUCAACAUAUUUUACUUUUGGAAGUUGGAUAGAGUUGAUGGGGGCUUCUCAUCCCUCCAUUUUUCAUAUAGAGUUGGAUAGAGCUUUCUUUCAUUCUUGUAUCAACCAGGCUUGUUGUUUUUGGAUGAGCAUGAGCAGGGGUCAUGUUUCUGGUCAAAGCUUUUUUUUUUCUUUCUUUUUUUGCUUAACCUAUGUAUGGUGUUUAAACAUGUUUUUUAAUCAAUCAAUUUCCAUGGACAGAUUGUA